UUGCUUUGGCUCCAGUCUCUCACUGAGCGCAGUCUCCUCUCACGUCACCGACGCUCCUCUGUCUGGAUACAACAGCUUGUUUCUUUUUCUUUUUUUUUCAUUUUUAAUUUCUUCUUUGGAUUAUAGUCAUCUGAUGGUUUUUAACUACAACUCGAUGCACAGAAAUGGGUAAACUGCACUCCAAACAUGCCGCUAUUUGUAAACCGAGGGAGAGCCCAGAAGGCGACAGUUUUGUAGUGAACGCCUGUUUGGCGCGGAAGGGCAUCGACGACUGGCUCGUGAAACAGAAAUACUACUGCGCGAGCUCUCGCCUGGAGCAGCAGCGGGACUGUCACCACAAGAGGAACUGUGGCUUGGCGACACGGGACUCCAUGGAUGAAGCAUGUGCAGAGGGAAUUGGUGAUGAACACUACGGCUUAGAAGUGGCUUUACCCCCAGAGAAGAUAGACAGCUGCUGUGUGGAGGGGAAGAUGCACGAGAGGGUCAGCCAUUCUCCCACAAGGCCACAGAAACAACUCCAGUUUGAAGAGUUGGAGUGUGCUGUGUCCAUGGAGGAGGAUAACAGACAGGAGUGGACUUUCACCCUCUACGACUUUGACAACAACGGCAAAGUAACCAGAGAGGAUAUCACCAGCCUGCUCCACACCAUCUACGAGGUCGUGGACGCCUCCGUCAACCAUUCUCCUGGCAGCAGCAAGACGCUGCGAGUCAAGCUCUCCGUGGCACCUGAUUCUAGCCAGCGGUGGAGGAGUUGUACACAGGGUGCGGCAGACUUGUCCCACCACAGAGAGAAAAAUGAUAAGUCUAUAGAAGACCCCAAGACUACAGACAAGAAGACUCGAGCUCUCCUAAGGCGCCACCACAGUGACCACCACACCCAGCCAGGCUGCCAGCGCCACUGUGUGGAUGAGAACCUGGAACGCAGGAACCACUACUUGGACCUGGCAGGCAUCGAAAACUACACAUCCCGCUUUGGAGCUGCUCCUAUUCCAGAGCUGGCAAAGGCAGAGCCACAGACCCGGUCAUCCAACCAGACUCGCUCUCGCUCCCAUGAACCGGAAAACGGCCACACCCAUUCCCACCACCGCCGCCUGCAGACUAUUGUGGACACUGUUGCUUUGGAAAGCCUCCAUCCUCCACGGCAACGAGGCCAGGACUCAGGGAAACACGGCCUCCGUUCUCCUAAGGCCUACAUCCGCACACCUCCUGCUCAGAUCAGUGGGAAAGUGAUGAGAAGUCGAGGCGUUCCUCCUCCCCCUGCCCUGCCCAGCCAGACCCCUCCUCACCAGUCCUCAGCCCCCUACCGCAAGCACAAGCAGCGGUCCAAGGAGAGCCACCGUGUUUUAGGCCCUCUGGCAGCUUCAGGACCGGUGAUGGAGAAGGAGCAGGUGAGGGACCUGCCGAGUGUGCUACUUUAUGAGGGUGCGCUGGCACAAGUCGUGCAGCGGCACGAGCAUCACCACCACCAUGAACACCAUCACCACUACCACCACUUUUAUCAGUCCUGAAUGUCCACCCUGUCUGGACACUCCUCAGCACUCCUGCAGUCCCCACAAAACCCAGCCAGACCUGAAGACACUGGUGGCAGUGGGCUUCCUCCUCAGGAAGCCCUUGAGUGGCUUUGUUGGUGACACAAGACACGGGGAGGAGGGUGAUGGGAGGGGCAGUCCAGUGCUGAUGUGUUAUAGAAAGGUUGGUCCAACAUACAUAAGCUAGGGUAAGCAGCAGGACUGAGGUUCACAGCUGGGACCUUGGAGGAGGAGGAGGGAUGGAAGGACAGAAUCAACAAACCAGCUCAGAAGCUCCUCUCCCCACGACCUUGUAUCCCACUACCAGAUGAACUCUACGGCUUCAAACCAGCACCACAACCGUUCCAGACCACUAAGCUCAAAGGUUUUCAAGGAAACGGAGGGAUGAGCAGGAGGAAGACUGGUGUAAAUAUGAAAAUAUAUGAAGGAAAAUAGGUAAUACAAGAGCAGGGCAUAGAGCUUGUGUGUGUGUGUGUGUGUGAGUGUGUGAAACGUUGUUUGGAUAUGUGUGGGUGUAGCAAGAGUGAGUGCAUGUGUGUGUGUGUAUGUGUGAGUGAGUGUCACGACACUGGUGUCUGUUGAAAACCACUUAAAGUGCACUCACGGGUGCGUGAUUAUUUAAAGUUGGCUGUCAGGCAGGUUUUUCGAAGAUGACGAAGAUUCUGAACUAAGCACACAAUAUCCCCGUAAGCAAGUUCAAUGGGAAGGAAAAUGCUGAAGUGUUAUAAAGUAGAAAAGAACAUAGAUCCCAAAUCUGCUGCUACCUCUAAUUUUAUUCUAAUUGUUGUUAUAAUGGUGACUUGGACUCGGCAUUCAGAGGUAAUUUUCUUUUCAAAAAAUGUUUUGGAAGAAGAGGAAUUGUGUCACAAUCUUACUCCUUACUUUACUAACUUUUACUGUACAUAAGGUAUGUAUUGUUAUCAAUUUUACAAGAUUUAUUGAUAAUGUGAUAUCUUUGUAUUCACAAUCUGAGGCUCUUGUUUGCUUCCCUACACAACUGCAUAUGGUAAGACCACUAGGAGGAGCCCCGUUUUGACUAGAAGAUGUUAUGACUUUAUCGCUUAAGUCUCUUAGCUCCUCUCUCUUCAUUUCAACAUUCUAACCAUUGAUGAGAUACGUGACUGUGACCAAGUAAUUACGGCUGAAUGACUAAAACCCCAACUCUCAACACAGUGCUGUGCGGUAGCUUAUGUAGAACAAAAAGGAUUUUCUUUCAUUUACGUGGCGAUACCUUUGAAUACAUAUCAAAACACGUUACUUGAGUGUUCAUGUAGACUGUUAAUAGUGUGUAAAGAUAAGUUAGCCACACCAUCAGCCUUUUUACCCAUUUAAAAACAUUAACCACAAUGCUUUUCAAUUCCUGGACCUGGACAGUGUUUUUACCCAAAGGUUUAAAUUGCAAGGCUCAGUCCCAUGAUGCACUUAAAAACAGAAUAAUAGAGAGCAUUUGAGUCAGAUAAAAGCUGACGCCUUGUUACACUCAGUCAGUCAGAUAAAAGCUGCUUUCAGACGUGCACAUAACUCUGGAGAUUGUCCAGGCACGAUGUGUAAACACAAAUGUCUGCAGAAGUUGCUCCAGAGAUUCUCCUGCGAGUUCCGGAGUAUCUAGGCAUGCAGAAGGCACCUUGUCCCACUGCAUUUGUCAUUUGAAAAUAGCACAUUUAGGAGUAAAUGUCUCUGAACCAAAUCUCUGCACAUAGAGGGAGUUCAUGUCUGAAAAUAGCCAGAGUCUGACGUAUUUAUUUAUCAGUAUGGAAUUUGGCCAUUUUAUUUAUUAAGAGUUCUUUUGUUUAUUUUUUUUUGUAAAGAAAUGCUUUUGCUGACUAUGCUUUUAAAUUCACACCCGGGUGUUGUCAUGUGCCUGUUUUCGUUCUGGUUUUCUGACAUCAGGGCCAGACAUUUUCUCCAGUGGCUCUCUUGUGCAGCCCCUGGCCCAGGGUCACAUGGGUCCUCCCUGUGUUUCUGUGGCAUCCUCCUUUCCUGCAGCUGUCAGCAGGUCUUUCUUUGUGGGCUCUUUCAGCUGUCUCAUUCCUCUGGUGCUGGAUAACACUCAGCCCGGCCCGCAGUCUCCACUAGACCCAUAAUUCAUCACUGCUGCUUUCCUGCCAACAGGGACUGUCGGCUCAUCCUGUCCCACAAUGCUCCAUGGGUGCUACUAUAAACAUACAGAUGUUGAUUCUACUGCAGCACUUUUGGAGCAGUGAGAGUUUAAAGUGCCUUGCUCCAAGGUAGAUAUUAAGUAGCAGACCUCAUACCCGAAUUGUUCAGUAUUUAUGACAGUAAUCAUUUUGUCCCAAGCACAGCAAUGUCCCCUCACAGCUGCAAUGCUUCCCUUUAGCACGAGGCACCAGUCAGGCGGGCCAUCUCACGGGACCCAGUGGUUUUAACGAUGUCAUUCCCCAAGGGGAUCACAGCUGUGAUCCAUACUUCAGCUUCCUCGCCCCCACGCUGCUUUUCUUAGGCAACAAGUCCAUGCCACUGGACACCUUGUAACACUGUAACUCCUUUAUUACACUUUAUCCACAAACAGUGCUAUGUGUUUGACGCUAAAUAUAAGCAGUGUGGAAACAGUUGUUUUGGACGGAUGGAAAGUAGGUGACUGUCUGUCCAGCAGGGAGGCUUUAUUUGACACUGCGAGUGACGGCUACUGCGUGAACAGCUCGGUCAGGUUGAAAUAAUAAUAAAAAAAUCAUUCAAACAAUCAGUUUUAUUAAAGACACACCUCUUUUUUUUUUAUUAUUUGCUGCCUGGUAUUUAUAAAAUGUACCUGACAUGUAACUACAAAUCACACCUCAACAGCAUGUGUUAAGGGUUGGGAAUAAGGUUUAAUUCCUUAAAUGAAAUUAAGCCUUGUUUUAAUAACGUGCUCUCAAAGCCGGGUUCCAUCAUGGUCUCUCUAAUCCUUCAUCCCUCUACUGUUAUUGCAGUAUUGCUAUAUUUUUAGAGGGAAACAAAGUUCUCGUGCAAAUGUUUUUGUAAUUUUUACAUUUAAAUUUUUUUUUAUUUUAUCAAAUUAUUGAUUUGAGGACAGGUCUUCACUUUAAUCUAUCAGGUUGUGAAUGCCUCUUCUUGGAAACGAUAAAAAGUCAUGCCGUACAAAUUGGUCUAGAUUCACUAUCUUCUGUCCUGUUCUGUAGGAUACUCAGUAUCCAAAGCCAUGUCUCUAGUUACUACAGUAUCUGUCACACCACUAAUAUUGGCAUAUCAACAUUAUUUUAAAAUCUGGUGUAUAUAUUUGACAAUAGAAAGGUUUAAUCAGCAUCAUGUAGAAAGAAAGUAAGUCUUAUUUACAAUGAAUUACUGUUAAGCUAUCUCACUUGCCUGCUGUCAAUUUAUAUAAUCCUACUUUCGUAUCCGCCAUGCCAAUCUGACCCAGCAGAGACGAAGAAUUCUCUGACCAUGUCAUAUGCUGCUUCUCUUUCUCUCUCUCUCUCUCUCUCUCUCUCCACGAACAGACUCACUCUUACUUGGUAUUUGUUGGAAAAGGAAAAUUGUUUAGCACUAGCUGUUCUUUCCCUCCCCCCUCCCUUUUUUAUUUCCAUGACUUUUAGUUUUUAUAGAUUGUAUUUGAUUAAUUGCUUUAUUUAUUUGAUAGCAGAUCUGUGCCAAGGGAAAUACCCUUUUAUUAAAGUAUGAACCUGUUCCUUAUAAAAAUGGCUUUUUGACUCAUUUU